AUGCCAGUGUUUUCGAAAUUAGCCUACUUUCUUGGAUUACCUACUGUGAACACGAAUUGUUAUGAAACUAUGCAUACAUGGCAGCCACAUUGUAAUCAGGCGAUUCUGGACUGUUUUCCCAAUGGAGUAUGGUUUUGUCUGAAGACUUACGCACCAUUUUAUUUGGUAACAAAGCGAGGAGAUUUCCGUAAAGUUGACUGGAAGCGUUAUUGUAUAGAUGUGAUUCUUUUAGCCCUACGCUACACUCUAAAUUUUGAACUUGAUGUUUUAUUUUUCAGGCAUGUACUUGGUUUUUUCACUCCAAUAUCUAUGGGUCUGAUAAGCAGCAUGCUUGGUAGUUUCUUCUCAUUACUUAUUGAGAAACGAAGUCGUUGGCCAGCAUUAGCCCUAUACCUCACUAACCUAGCAUCUGAGACACUGUUUCGGCAGCUUCACAAUCAUGGCUACAUUCCUAAGGUGAACAAAGGAGAAGUGAUACCAUUCAUUAUCGGCAUGGGAUUGUUCUUCUCUCUCUAUACUGCUGGUAGACUGAAUGAUAUUGGUGACUGCAAUGGUAAUGUGUUCAUAACGUUCCGCUCUGGUUCUUUGAAGAAAACUCUUUAUGAUGAUAGUUUUGCCAUAGAUUUUCUAACGAAUUGGGGGCAAAAUGUAGAACCUGAACAGCAGCGAUAUUUUCAUAAACAUUUUACGGAAUUUCCCUAA